CGUGCCCCCAAACAUCUCCUUCACCACAUAACACACUUCACUAAACUACACCUCGAUUUGAUCGUUCAAUCCCUCCUUCCUUUUUCUUUUCAAUUUCUCUCUCUCUCUCUCUAGAGUUUGCCAGUAAUGGCAGUGACUCAGUGGCAGUGCAAGAAAAGAGAGCGAGAGUUUUCAUUGGGAAGGUAACGCUUUGCACCACAACCUAGCUACCUCAUCCUCCCUCUCCUCUCCUCUCCUUCUUGGACCUACUUACUCACCCACCAUAAAAACACACAACACGCACUCUCUCUCUGCCAAACACCGCGUGCCCCUCUGCUACUUUCUCUCUCUUCUUUCACGGCUAUCUAUCUGCAUUUCUUUCCUUGUUGGCUCAGUACUCGUCUGAACGCAGAUAGAGAGAGGGAUUUUAAUAUAUUAAGUAUGUGUUGUUAUUAGUGAUGAUCGAAAUAAGACGAGAGGAACCCCAUUUCCAAAGGCAAAAGAUAAAAGACCUGAACAGAGGCUACUUUCCUCAGACCCAUCAAAGAGCAAAAGGAACCCUUUCAUCACAACUGACUACAGACUACCACUAACUACAACAUACCACUAUUUAGGAUUUUCUGUAAAAAGGCUGAACAAGUAAGCAUAAAACUCGGGAGCCCUUUGCAUUUGUUGCAUUCAUAAAGACCAAAUACAUUGCUUAUGCGUGUGUACAACAAGAGAGAGAGAGAGAAACAAACAAACCCCAAGAGAAGAAAGAGAAUUUCAAGGGUUUAUAAACAAAACCCAAGGGCACAAGCAGGAGCUAGAGAGAUGGAGAGUGGCGGUGGUGGUGGCGGUGGCUCCAGCAGCAACAAUUCUUGUUUUAUGGCCUUCGGAGAAAACAAUAAUGGCUAUUGCCCUAUAAUAAUGAUGCCUCCACAGUCCGAUUCGGACGCCGGAAACACCCACUUUCUUCCUCUCCCAUCCACCGACAUCAACCGCUCCAUCAUGCUUGAAGAUCAUGCCAAGAAUAUCACCACCACCGGAUAUUAUUUUAUGGACACCACCAACGACGCAGCCGCCUGCUCCACCAAGGCCAAGAUCAUGGCUCAUCCACACUACCAUCGCCUCUUGAGUGCUUACGCUAACUGUCAAAAGAUAGGAGCGCCGCCGGAGGUGGUGGCGAAGCUAGAGGAGGCGUGCGCGGCGGCGGCGGCGAUGAGCCGCCACUGCACCAGCGCCUUCGGCGAGGAUCCGGCGCUGGACCAAUUCAUGGAGGCCUACUGCGAGAUGCUCACAAAAUACGAGCAAGAGCUCUCCAAACCCUUCAAAGAAGCCAUGCUUUUUCUCUCGAGAAUUGAGUGCCAGUUCAAAGCCCUCACCCUCUCCCCUUCCGCCUCCGGUGCUUGUAUCGAAGCAAUGGAGACAAACGGCUCAUCUGAAGAAGAGGUCGACGUUAACAACAGUUUCAUAGACCCUCAAGCAGAAGACAGGGAACUCAAAGGCCAGCUUCUACGAAAAUACAGCGGAUAUCUGGGCAGCCUCAAACAGGAAUUCAUGAAGAAACGAAAGAAAGGAAAGCUGCCAAAAGAAGCUCGCCAACAACUUCUCGACUGGUGGAGCAGGCAUUACAAAUGGCCAUAUCCAUCGGAAUCUCAGAAGCUGGCAUUGGCUGAAUCGACGGGUCUGGAUCAGAAGCAAAUAAACAACUGGUUCAUCAACCAAAGGAAACGUCACUGGAAGCCGUCUGAGGACAUGCAGUUCGUGGUGAUGGAUGCUACACACCCUCACUAUUACAUGGAAAAUGUUUUGGGCAAUCCUUACCCGAUGGAUAUAUCGCCUGCGCUCCUCUAAACAGUUUGCCUCGACAUCGAUCUCAUUAUUAAUUUGUCAGCGGAACCGAAGAUGUAAGGAAUUCAAGAACUGCUAUUUAGUAUGUAUGUUUAUAGUGUGCUAGCUAACUGUCAAUUAACUACUGAAAGUCUAUAGCCUGUUGCUUUCAGAUUUUAUGCCACUGCUAUAUAUAUAUAUAUAUAUAUAUAUUUAGUUUUAUUGUUUAAAAGUGGUCCUGGACAACGAUCUUAUAUGAAUCUGCUUAUGGCAGAUUUUGCCUA